GGCGGGUAUACCGUAUAUAAAACAGAUGUUACAGUCAUAGAUAUAGCUUCGGCGGGAAGAAACUUUUCAGAGAUUUUCCAGAAGUACACUUUUGUUGCGAAGAGAUCACUCAUCACAAUGACCACUGCUGGUUCGUGUACAGUUAUAGAUGGAAGUGAUGCCGCUUGGGGGUUUGGAGCAGGCAUUCAGCUUCUUCGUAAGAAAAAAGAGGGCGAAGAAAAAAGUCACUAUAUGCAUUUCGAUGGCAAUUCGUUGAAAGCAAAUGGACCCGACGCUAAAAACGGUAUUUUUAGGAUCCACGAAGUCACGGAUUCCGAUCAGAAAAUAAUUGUUAUUUUGGAGCACAUAAAAUCUCAGGGAGUUGUGACCAUUAACACAAAAGAUGACACUGUUAUGGCCGUUGACAAAGAGAAUGACACUGUCACUCUAAAGGUGCGUGACUGAAACCAUUUCAGUUGGCUAGAAAUUUAAUCAUCUUUGGUCAUUGAUCAAAGAACUUUUAAACUUUGUAGUGAAAGAAAUUCGUUUGUCUUUCGAUGAAGUCCAUUCCGAUGUGGAUUGCGGUGUUUUGACGGUAUACUACAAGUCUUCUUCAGGCGAUCCGGAAAGUAACGCCUGUCCAGUCGCUUAUCAAAUGACUUAAUUAUGAGACAAAUGAUUAUGAUUCACCGCAAGUACGACGAAUAACCGUAAGCUUCCCUACAAUUUCAACUCUUUAAAUGAAUAAGGAGGCUAAAACUUACAUAUCAUAAUUAUCAUCUGUUUUGCCUGUGCGUGGCAAUCGUCCAAUUGCCCGGAGAGUUAACAU